GAAACCACAGACGAGAACCGAGCGUGGCGAACGGCGGCCACCAGCUUCUUCUCUCUCUAUUCGAUCUGAAAAAUUCCGUUCGAUAUACGAAAAAAAAAAACCACAAGGAUACUCGGCACGCCGCGUGUUCACGGAUUCAUCGCCGAUUUAUCGACUCUUUCGCCGACUCGCUUUACACCCUCCUGGAUCGCAAAUGACACCCGAGUCCGCAUCUAUCGGGACGAUUCAUUGCCGCGGCACUUUGUGAAAUGCUUGGAACCGACUUACUAUGACUUUUAUCAGGAACGAACACCGCCGGGGGUUCUUGUGCUCUUUUGUCCUUUACGGUGUCCUGGUAGCAGCUUGGAUAAACCCGGUCAUUAAAUCUGAUAUCGUCAGAUACAAUCACACUGAAAAACAGAGGUACGAUGGCUGGUACAACAAUUUGGCACAUCCGGAGUGGGGAUCAGUUGACAGCAGACUCAUUCGCAAGGCACCGGCCGCUUAUUCGGACGGAGUUUACAUGAUGGCUGGACAAGAUCGACCUUCAUCGCGAAAACUGAGCGAUCUUUUCAUGCAAGGUGACGACGGGAUACCAUCGGUCAAAAACAAAACCGCCUUGUUCGCCUUCUUUGGGCAGCUCGUUACUGCGGAAAUAAUAAUGGCCAGCGAGAGUGGGUGUCCGAUAGAGUUUCAUCGCAUUGAUGUAGAGAAGUGCGACAAGGUAUUCGACAAGGACUGCCAGGGCAACAAGUACAUUCCCUUUCAAAGGGCCGAUUAUGACAGAGAGACCGGACACAGUCCCAACAGCCCCAGGGAACAGAUCAACAAAGUGACCAGCUGGAUCGACGGGAGCUUUAUUUACUCGGGCAGCGAGGCUUGGACCAACACCAUGAGGUCCUUCAAAAACGGGAGCUUCCUCAUGGAGCCGAAGAAGCAAUUUCCGGUUCGGAACACCAUGCGGGCACCGCUGUUCAAUCACGCGGUACCGAACGUGAUGAGAAUGCUUAAUCCGGAGCGGCUUUAUCUGCUCGGAGAUCCGAGGACGAAUCAAAACCCCCCGCUCCUGGCGUUUGGAAUCUUGUUCUAUCAGUGGCACAACGUAAUAGCGGCUCGAGUCCAAAAACAGAACCCGGAUAUGUCGGAUGAGGAGGUUUUUCAAAGGGCACGAAGAGUCGUAGUGGGGACGCUUCAGAACAUCAUAGUCUACGAAUACUUGCCGAAUCUUUUGGAAGAAGAGCUGAAGCCUUAUUCCGGAUACAAGCCUGACCUUCAUCCCGGUAUUAGUCACGUUUUUCAAAGCGCUGCAUUCCGCUACGGACACAGCCUUGUACCACCUGGAAUUUACCGUCGCGAUGAAUCGUGCAAUUUUCGAAAGACCAGCAUGGGUCGACCCGCAAUGAGACUUUGCUCAACUUGGUGGGACUCGAACGAAGUACUGGCGAACAGUACGAUCGAGGAACUCGUUAUGGGAAUGGCUUCCCAGCUGGCGGAGAAGGAGGACAGCCUGCUCUGCUCCGACGUGAGGAACAGUCUCUUUGGUCCGAUGGAAUUUUCCCGUCGGGAUUUGGGAGCGCUGAACAUAAUGCGAGGCAGAGACAAUGGUCUUCCGGACUACAACACGGCAAGGGCGCACUUCAAGCUACCAAGGAGGAAGAUCUGGAACGAGAUAAACCCGGCGCUGUUCAACAAGAACCCAGAGCUGCUCAGGUCCCUGAUGGAAAUCUAUUCCAACAACCUGGAAAACAUCGACGUCUACGUCGGUGGGAUGCUCGAGUCGAGCGACGGGCCUGGAGAACUCUUCAAGGCUGUGAUUAAGGACCAGUUCACACGUUUGCGGGACGCCGAUCGCUUCUGGUUCGAGAACCUCGACAACGGGAUAUUCACCAAGAGUGAAAUUGAAGAGAUUAGGAGAGUGAAAUUCUGGGAUAUCGUUGUAAACACAACGUCGAUACCGCCGGAGGCUGUGCAGAGGAGAUUGUUCACCUGGAUGGAAAACGACCCCUGCCCUCAACCCUUUCAACUGAAUUCAUCGAUUCUCGAGUCGUGCAUGCCUCUGCAGAGAUACGAUUACUUCGAGGGCAGCGAACUCGUCUACAUAUACGCCUGCGUUUUUCUCGGAUUUAUUCCGAUACUUUGCGCAGGGGUUGGAUACGGGCUUGUUAAAUUACAGAACAGGCGAAGACGCCGACUGAAGAUUCUUCAGGAGGAAAUACAGAAGCGUAGCGACGGCAGAAUUUGCGUGGAUAAAAUGGUGGUGAGAGAAUGGUUGCACGCCAAUCACCGGAGGCUUGUUAAAGUUAAAUUUGGACCCGAAGCAGCCCUCCACGUGGUGAACAGAAAAGGGGAGAAGCUUCGGACCUUCAAUUUCAACAAUCUAAACUCAAUCACGAUCGAGGAAUCACAGGUAAUUAAUUAUGAGAGCGAGAACAGCCAUCGUAAGCCGUUGGUAUUGCUGCGAAUACCCCGUGACUACGAUCUCGUCCUUGAACUGGAUUCCUUAAGCUCGCGUAGAAAGUUCAUUGCGAAAUUAGAGUCAUUUUUAACGUCGCACAACAAACACUUUACGCUGAUGCGUACCAACCGUGAUAUAAUGCUUGCCAAAGCGGAAACUAAAGAACGACGUCAGAAGAAAUUGGAACAGUUCUUCAGGGAGGCCUACGCUUUGACAUUUGGUCUUAGACCUGGUGAAAAACGUCGCCGAUCAGAGGACAGCGACAGCGGAGAAGUUGUCACGGUGAUGAGGACGUCGCUUUCGAAGAGCGAGUUUGCCAGCGCUUUGGGCAUGCGGCCGGAUGCUGUGUUCGUGCAAAAGAUGUUCAACAUCGUGGACAAGGACAGCGAUGGAAGAAUUUCGUUUCAGGAAUUUUUGGACACGGUGCUGCUCUUUUCACGCGGCAAAACCGAGGACAAACUUCGGAUAAUAUUCGACAUGUGCGACAACGAUAGCAACGGCGUUAUCGACAAGGGAGAACUGUCGGAGAUGCUUCGUUCCCUCGUUGAAAUCGCCCGGACAACCAGCCUUAGCGACGAUCACGUGACCGAACUGAUCGACGGGAUGUUCCAGGACGCGGGCCUCGAGCGGAAGGACUACCUGACUUACAAUGACUUCAAGCUCAUGAUGAAGGAGUACAAGGGCGACUUCGUGGCAAUCGGACUAGACUGCAAGGGGGCGAAGCAGAACUUUCUUGACACCUCGACGAACGUGGCGAGGAUGACAAGCUUCCACAUAGACCAGCUUCCCCCGGAGGCUACGAAGAGUUGGGCGCGAAAACAGUGGGACGGGAUAUCGACGUUCCUCGAGGAGAAUCGUCAGAACAUAUUUUAUCUGUUCAUAUUCUACGUGAUCACGAUCGCUCUGUUCGUGGAGAGAUUCAUCCAUUAUUCCUUCAUGGCUGAGCACACGGAUCUGAGGCACAUAAUGGGCGUCGGGAUAGCGAUAACCAGAGGAUCCGCCGCUGCGUUGUCGUUCUGCUACAGUCUUCUCCUGCUUACGAUGUCUCGUAACCUCCUGACGAAGCUGAAGGAGUUCUCCAUCCAGCAGUACAUUCCGCUCGAUUCUCACAUCCAGUUUCACAAGAUUGCUGCCUGCACCGCACUCUUUUUCUCCGUGCUUCACACCGUCGGUCACAUUGUCAAUUUCUACCACGUCUCCACCCAACCGAUCGGCAACCUUCGAUGUCUCACCCGAGAAGUCAGCUUUUCCAGCGAUGCGCGUCCCACUAUCACCUUCUGGCUAUUCCAGACAGUAACAGGUUUAACCGGGAUACUUUUGUUCGUUGUCAUGACGAUCAUAUUCGUCUUCGCUCAUCCAACGAUACGGCAAAAGGCCUACAAGUUCUUCUGGUCCACUCACAGCCUCUAUGUUCUGCUCUACGCGUUGUGCCUUGUCCAUGGAUUGGCCAGACUAACCGGAGCACCACGAUUCUGGAUCUUCUUCAUCGGUCCGGCGAUCAUCUAUGCUCUGGAUAAGGUGGUCAGCCUGCGCACCAAGUACAUGGCCUUGGACAUAAUCGAGACGGAGUUACUGCCGUCCGAUGUUAUAAAGAUAAAAUUCUAUCGACCACCGAACCUGAAGUACCUCUCCGGCCAGUGGGUACGUCUCUCCUGCACGGCGUUCAGGACCAACGAGUUUCACUCGUUCACGCUGACGUCAGCACCGCACGAGAACUUCUUGUCGUGUCAUAUCAAGGCCCAGGGUCCUUGGACAUGGAAGUUGCGUAACUACUUUGACCCUUGCAAUUUCAACCCCGAGGACGAACACCCCAAGAUAAGGAUCGAGGGACCGUUUGGGGGCGGGAAUCAAGACUGGUACAAAUUCGAAGUCGCCGUUAUGGUCGGCGGUGGCAUCGGGGUCACUCCGUACGCCUCGAUGCUCAACGAUCUCGUCUUCGGUACCUCGACUAAUAGGUACUCAGGAGUAGCUUGCAAGAAGGUAUACUUCUUGUGGAUCUGUCCUUCUCACAAACACUUCGAGUGGUUCAUCGACGUUCUACGCGACGUCGAGAGGAAGGAUGUUACCGAUGUUUUAGAAAUACACAUAUUUAUUACACAGUUCUUUCACAAGUUCGAUUUACGCACAACUAUGCUGUAUAUAUGCGAAAAUCAUUUUCAAAGGUUGUCGAAGACCAGUAUAUUCACCGGAUUGAAGGCCAUUAAUCAUUUCGGCAGGCCGGAUAUGACGUCGUUCCUAAAAUUCGUUCAAAAGAAACACAGCUACGUGAGUAAAAUCGGGGUCUUCAGCUGCGGUCCUCGUCCUUUGACGAAAAGCGUGAUGCUGGGUUGCGACGAGGUGAACAAGGGGCGACGUUUACCGUACUUUAUACAUCACUUUGAAAAUUUUGGCUAGAAAAUUACGUAGUGACAAUUCGAGGCCGACUUUCAGACCGAGUUACCGUUUCGGUAUCUAUACUAUAUAGCUAUAAUUAUAUGUACACUGUGUACAAGCUCUCGCAUUCGCCGGUGUAAAUAUAAACGAAUAUUCGCGAAUAAUGAGCAUUGAGAUACAAGGCAUUACACAGCUUGUAUAAUUGCGUAUAGGCGAGUUUUUACAACUGCAGAUUUAUAAACAAAUCGCCUUAAUGUAUACACAGCUGGUUUACAUGCAUUGAUGCAUAUGUACAUACGUGUACAGUACAGUGAGAUAUAAUCGUAUAGACAAAUGCUCCUCGUGAUUGAAAAUGAUAAAUUAAAUAAGAAAAAAACAAAAAUUGUAUUAUAUAUUUAUGUAUCGUAUUGUGUAGAAAUUUAUUUGUACGUUAUAUAUGUAAUAUUAUUAUACCUCUAGGUCAGUAAUAAGUUAUUCGUUGAUAAUGUCUUCUGUUAUAUACCGUAAUAAUUGACCUAAAUUCCUCUCCGUCGUUUAUUCCUAUCGUGCCUGUCACAAUAGAAAAUAAAACGCGAAUUCUUAAAUCAUA